ACGGGAAAUUUCGAUAGCGCGUUAUAUACCCCACCUUCACAGUCCAUGUCUCCGAAUUUUGCUUGAACAUCUAUCCGGUCUCUCUUUCCUCUCUUUGGUUUAAAGCACUCAUUGUGCUUCACGUCUACCGCCAUGUCUCUUGUAGAGGCACCUUGGACGAAGACCCCGGAAGAAAUUCUACAACACUUUUCGGUUGACCCAGCUCGUGGACUCUCGUCGGAACUCGCAGCAAAGCAUGCUGAAAUAUAUGGCAAGAAUGAACUCCCGGAAGAGCCUUCUACGCCAUUAUGGGAACUCAUCUUGGAACAAUUCAAGGACCAGCUCGUUUUGAUUCUACUAGCAUCUGCGAUUGUAUCAUUUCUUCUAGCACUGCUAGAAAACAACGAGGACUCUACUUUCUUGAGCGCAUUCGUUGAACCAUUGGUUAUUCUCCUCAUUCUCAUCGCGAACGCCGCGGUUGGCGUUAUCCAGGAAUCGAAUGCAGAAGCUGCUAUUGAUGCUCUUAAAGAAUACUCUCCGGAUGAAGCAAAAGUCUUUCGUAAUGGUGACAUCGCCCGUGUGCAUGCAUCCGAGCUCGUACCUGGAGAUAUUAUCGCGGUUGCAGUAGGAGACAAGAUUCCUGCAGACUGCAGGCUACUUUCCGUAUCUUCAGGUAGCUUCCGUGUGGAUCAAGCUAUCUUGACAGGCGAGAGUGUCAGUGUGUUCAAGUCCGUCGGGGCAGUGGAGGACAUGAAGGCUGUGAAGCAAGAUAUGACAAAUAUGUUUUUCUCGGGUACGACCGUGGUGAACGGUAGCGCACGGGCAAUCGUCGUCUACACUGGGCAGCGCACAGCCAUUGGUGACAUCCAUAAGUCGAUCUCUUCGCAGAUCAGCGAGAAGACACCUCUGAAGCGCAAGUUGGAUGACUUUGGUGACAUGCUCGCCAAGGUCAUCUCUGUCAUUUGCAUCCUCGUCUGGCUUGUCAACUUCAGGCACUUUUGGGACCCUGCUCACCAUGGGGCUUUGAAGGGUGCAGUUUAUUACUUCAAGAUUGCUGUCGCAUUGGCUGUGGCUGCUAUUCCAGAAGGGUUGGCUGCUGUCAUUACGGCUUGUUUGGCCCUUGGCACAAAGAAGAUGGCCCAGAAAAAUGCGAUUGUUAGGAAUUUGCCUAGCGUCGAGACUCUUGGCUGCACAAACGUCAUCUGCUCCGAUAAGACUGGUACUCUGACAACUAACCAGAUGAGCGUAUCCAAGUUUCUAGUUAUCAAUCCGAAUGGCGUUCCCCAAGAAUACCACGUAGAGGGCACCACGUUCUCACCUAUCGGGUUGGUCAAACCUGCUGAUGGCAAAGAAGGCUUUGCUGAACUUCGCCCAGAGCCUCUUUUGCGUUUGGCGGAGAUCAGUUCCAUUUGUAAUGAUGCGAGGAUCGUCUAUCACGCUGAGAAAGGAUCGUACGCUAAUGUCGGUGAACCGACUGAAGCUGCUCUCAAGGUCCUCGCAGAAAAACUCCCUUGCCCCAGUCCGGAACUUGAGAAAUCCCUUUCUUCGCUUUCCCCCGCUGAACGUGCCAAUGCCGUCAAUGGAUACUACGAGAGCACCAUUUCCAGACUUCUCACAUUCGAAUUCUCUCGUGAUCGCAAGAUGAUGUCUGUCCUCGUUCGUCGAAACAGUUCAGCAUCCCUUCUAGCCAAGGGUGCUCCAGAGUCCAUCUUGGAACGCAGCACCUCUGUACUCAUCAAUGGCCGGACCAUCCCUCUCUCCCCAGAACUUCGCUCUUCCCUCCUUCAACAGACGGUCACGUACGGUUCCCAAGGUCUCCGUGUUCUCGCUCUGGCUUAUGUCGACAAUGUCGAUGCCGACGCCCGUCAUUACGAGUGCCAGAGCACUGCCGAAUAUGCUCAUUUUGAGCAAAACUUUACCUUCGUUUCACUCGUUGGUAUGCUUGACCCACCAAGACCCGAGGUCAAGGGUGCUGUAGCGAAUUGCAAGGCUGCGGGUAUUCGUGUCAUUUGUAUCACUGGUGAUAACAAAGACACAGCAGAGACCAUCUGUCGUCAGAUUGGUAUCUUCGGUGAGGAUGAGGACUUGACAGGCAAGAGCUACACUGGCCGUGAGUUGGAUGACCUGAGUCAUGAACAGAAAUUGGCUGCUGUUAUGCGCGCUAGCUUGUUCAGCCGUACUGAGCCUGGCCAUAAGACUCAGUUAGUCGAUCUCCUACAGAGCCAAGGCCUUGUCGUAGCAAUGACUGGUGAUGGUGUCAACGAUGCUCCUGCACUGAAAAAGGCUGAUAUCGGUGUCGCUAUGGGAAGUGGUACCGAUGUAGCCAAGCUCGCUGCCGAUAUGGUUCUCGCAGACUCGAACUUCGCAACAAUAGAGCAAGCAGUAGAAGAAGGUCGUCUCAUCUACAACAAUACCAAGCAAUUCAUUAGAUAUCUCAUCUCAUCUAACAUUGGCGAGGUCGUCAGCAUCUUCUUAACCGUCCUGUUGGGCAUGCCAGAAGCUCUAAUUCCAGUACAGCUGUUAUGGGUCAAUCUCGUGACGGACAGUCUUCCUGCGACGGCUCUUGGUUUCAACCCAGCAGAUCACAGCAUUAUGAGGGUCCCACCACGCAAUAGCCGUGAGCCACUCAUUGGCAAAUGGUUGUUCUUCAGAUACCUUGUUGUCGGCAUCUAUGUCGGCGUUGCCACUGUUGCCGGAUAUGCAUGGUGGUUUACGACGUACGCAGGAGGUCCUCAAAUCUCCUUCUACCAACUGACUCAUUUCCAUCAUUGCUCUGAGUUAUUCCCCGAAAUCGGAUGCCAGAUGUUCACCAACGCCAUGGCACGCCACGCGACAACAAUGAGCUUGUCGAUCUUGGUCACCGUCGAGAUGUUCAACGCAAUGAACUCCCUUUCAGAAAAUGAGAGCUUACUUCGACUGCCGAUAUGGAAGAAUCCAUUCCUUGUCGCAGCCAUCACCCUCAGUAUGCUGCUACACGUCGCCAUCUUGUAUAUCCCUGUUUUCACUACCCUAUUCGCCAUCACUCCUCUCAAUUGGAUCGAGUGGAAGGCCGUUUUGUACUUUAGUGCUCCCGUUGUUGUAAUCGAUGAGGUCUUGAAAUUCGUUACGGCGACUUUCGUUGACCCCCCGAGUAAGGUGAAAGUGCAAUAGUAUUGUGCUAUCAUAGACAUACCAGACCGAUAUACUAUUGUAUAAUCUAUCUGCAUUUGCAACUUUAGAUGAUUCCAUCCUAUCCAUUGUUAGAAAUGGUGAGUAACCAUGCAUGUGUAUUUUUGCACAUAUCAAACGUUGAGCGAUGUGCUGUAUCGUCGACAAAUCUAUUCCUUCCGCUCUCGGGUGGAUAGCGGGGCGGAUGAUGUCAGACGAUAUCAGACAUCCGCUUAAGUUUGUUUCUUCCGAGAAACUGUGAGCCCGAGCCCUUAUAAGCAAUACUCAGACUGUAAUCCUCAGUUUCAUUUUGCCUUCAUUCCACACUUCUCCUUGCUACCUCAUCACAGGAAACAUUUUCGUCACAAUGGAUACAAAGAAGGCUUAUUUGAAGUUCGAGGCCGAAGUCAGCCUUGAAAACGAAGCGCUUGUCAAGAGGUUCAAUCACUUGGCCAUGAAACGUACCACACAGCUUAAUCCUCGACCGUGCUCACACGAACCCCGGACGUUCAUUAAUAACUGGUACUUCGAUGUUCGCCCUAUCACUCUCCCAUUCGGUCCCCAUGAAACGUUUCCAGCAGAGAUGUUAGUGAUCUUCAAUGGAAGCUCUCGCAGGUUCCAUGCGGAAGGACCAUUCCGCGUAUUCGACGAUACGAGAGCGGACCCAGAUUCUCUGAAGCGAAAGGCUGAAUGGAUAGCGAAACUGCUCGUACGAGCGUUCGCCAAACAAAGCCGGAUGGAGGCGACCGGGAUUUUCUCCCCAGGCUCGCGAAGAACGGUACCAUGGACAUGGUCAACUGGUGACGAGAGGGUGAGGUCUGCCAUUCAGGAUGCACUACGAGCUUUGGGUGUGCGCCAGCAGUUGUGUACGGUAGGACUUGAGGGGCCUUUGGGAUCUGAUAGGCGGAUGGCCGACGAGCAGUGGACUUCUAUACGGGAUGCGUUGAUCAUUGAAGUCGGGAAGAUACCUGAUCCACGGAAUCACUAGAUGGAUGUUGUUCUAAACGUGCCCCCUGAGCUCUAGUUCUCUUAUAAUGCUAAUGAUGAUGUGUCGUUGUGUCCCUGAAUAUCUAGUUGGUCCAUCCCAAAAAGGGAAGGCUGUGAACAGAA